UGAACCAUCAGACUCAAAGGCAGCAGGCAUGUCCACCACACCACGGAGCCACUUGGAUGGCGGCUCUGUGGAUUCUCUCAUUCUGCCUGGUUUGGCCUGUGUGUUUGGCCCUGACCCCUGCUGCUGAGCAUCCUCAGCCCCACAACCUGCCCCCUGUGCUGGGCUUGAACAGCACUGAUGGCAGCCUCUCUGUGGAUUUGCCAAUGGCUCUGAGAGUUUUCAGUGUGGACUACCACCAUGUGCAGGCUCCCUUUGAGAUCGUGCUGUGGAUCAUGCUGGCCUCCCUGGCCAAGCUGGGCUUCCACUGGUCAGGUCGAGUCCCAGCUGUAGUCCCAGAGAGCUGUCUCCUCAUCAUGGUGGGCCUCCUGGUUGGAGGGGUGAUCUACGGUGUUCGCCACUCAGCUCCUCCGACUCUCAGUGCUGAUGCUUUCUUCCUCUUUCUGCUCCCGCCCAUUGUCUUGGAUGCAGGAUACUUCUUGCCAGGGAGGCUGUUCUUUGAGAAUCUAGGCACCAUCCUCUGGUAUGCAGUACUGGGGACCUUAUGGAACGUUCUGGGUAUUGGCCUGUCCCUGUACGGUGUUUGUCUCCUUGCCCAGAGCACUCUGGGUGACGUGUCUCUGCUCCACUGCCUGCUGUUUGGCUCUCUGAUCGCGGCCGUCGACCCUGUGGCCGUGCUCUCAGUCUUCCAGGAGAUGCAUGUAAACGAUCAGCUUCAUAUCCUGGUGUUUGGAGAGUCGCUGCUCAAUGAUGCUGUUACUGUGGUGCUCUACAAACAGUUUGAGUCCUUCCUUCGCCUGCCGUCAGUGUCGGGGCUGGAUGUGCUGCUAGGGGGCUGCAGGGUGGUUGUAGUGGGUCUUGGUGGCUUGUUUGUGGGCCUCUUCUUUGGUCUGUUGGCGGCCCUCACCUCACGGUUCACCUCCAGAGCCCAGGUCAUUGCCCCGCUCUUUGUCUUCCUCUAUUCCUACCUGUCCUACCUGACCUCAGAGAUGCUCCACCUCUCUGGGAUCAUGGCUAUUGUGACCUGUGCUGUGACCAUGAAGCAAUACGUGGAGGCUAACGUUUCCGAGCGUAGCAACACCAGCAUCCAGUACUUCUUGAAGAUGUGGAGCAGCGUGAGUGAAACCCUCAUCUUCAUAUUCCUGGGUGUAUCCACGAUACAGGACGUUCACAUGUGGAGCUGGCCCUUUGUCUGCUCCACUCUGCUGCUCUGCCUCGUCUGGAGGGCCACAGGUGUCCUCCUGCUGACUGCUGUCGUGAACAAGCUCAGAAGGAAUGCUGUGACCUUUCGAGACCAGUUCAUCAUUGCCUACGGAGGCCUGAGAGGGGCAAUCUGCUUCUCUCUUGUCUUCCUGAUAGAUGACUUCCCAAAGAAAAGGCUCUUCAUCACAACUACCAUUGUGGUCAUCCUCUUCACUGUCUUUGUACAGGGGAUGACCAUUAAGCCUCUCGUAGAGCUGCUGGAUGUGAAGAGGAAGAAGAGAGCUUUGCCUACUGUCAGCGAGGAGAUCCACAGCAGGCUCAUCGAUCACCUGCUGGCAGGAAUAGAGGACGUGGUUGGCUACUGGGGGCAGCACUACUGGAAAGACAAGUUUGAGCAGUUCAACAGGAAGUACCUGCGUCGUUUCCUUAUACGAGAGGAUCACCAGGCUCGCUCCAGCAUCCUCAGAGUUUACCAGGAGCUGGAGAGGAGGGAGCAACGGGGAGACGAGGAGGCGCCACCACUAGUGGACCCUCGCUCCCACAGCCGCCCACUCUUACCAGAGGAGAUGGACAGCAUCCGGCGUAUUCUCUCCAGGAACCUUCAAAGCUUCAACAACAAGCAGACACCAGCGUACAGCAGACACACUCUGAACCAGGACGGCAGCAGGGACAGAAUGAGGAAGCCUCUGCACAGACAUCAGAGUCUGGGAGAGAGAUACACCAGCACACAGGGGGAGGAUGGAGAGUUCAGUGGCGUAGGCAGAGUAAGAAAAGGACUCAGCAGGUCUCACACAGUGUGCUCCAUGAGCCCGAGGGUUGCCUUCCAGGAAUCAUCAGUUUCUGCAGCCUCAGCUCAGAUAACAGAUCUAAGUUCUUCCUCAGCUCCCGGAGAGGACCUGAUCUCUCCACAACACCAAGCACCUGAGGGUGGAGCCCCUAAGAAACACCUGAGCUUUGUUUUUGAGAACGAAAAGGAGCAAUGAGUAAAGAUUGUGAGAAAGACAGAAAGAGAGGAAAUGACUUUAAAGACUUCAGUGUGUUUGGUUAUUUUAGCGUUGGCUCCUACAGUGAUACCUCGUCUUUAUGUAGCCAUAGUUGUGGGUUUCAAGAGUGUUAGAUAAUAGGCCUCAGCAAUUUCAUGGAUAACCUCCAAUUAAAACUGUAAGGUGUACGAAAUAAUUCACCCUCUGGUUUUAUCAGCGUGAGUGGUUUCCUGCUGCAAUAAAGCUCCUUUUUUCUCACCUCUGAAACACCUUUGCUGGAGGUUUCAGAGCCA